GGUGAUCCGCUAAGUACGGAGCGCAGGCUGACGUGAAAAAAAAUACUAAAUGACAUAUAGCAAAUGUCGGAGCAUAAUUCAUUCACGAUUUUGGAUCAAAUUAGAAUUCAAAUCGCAAUAGUUGAACUCCAGUGUAACUUUAAUUUAUUUUUAAAACAUUUUAAUUUAUGAAAUACCACAGUUACAAAAAAAAGGGGAAAAAAAAAAAUCUUGUCUACACCAUCGACAUGGGGCUGUGCUACAGUUUGCGUCCCCGGCUCUUCGGGGACCUGAGCGGGUCUAUAUCGAACGGUACCUCGGACUCGGAUCAGCCUCCGGAACCAGCUGUACCUUACCGAACCGGGGGAUCUCAUCAAGAGGACACAGGUGGAUAUGUCGAGACCUCGUCGCUACGAGACGGUAGCGGACAAGUACGCCAUGGGGACCUAGUCAAGUUUCCACCCGGGGAGCCCCGCGGUACCGACAACACGGGUACCGAUGUAGUGCUCAUACAGAACGGGGGAGGAGGAGGAGGAGGAGGAGGUAAGGGAACGGGAAAGGACCGUAGUCGACGCUUACAGUUACUACAGAAAACAACCAGCACUGAAAACCAGAAAAACUGGGACAAACUGCUGGUGGAGGAGAAGGAGGCCGAGAGAGAGGCGAAGAAAAUCAGUAAGAACAUUGACAGGGCGUUAAAGGAGCUCAAACGGGAAUACAAACAUACUCAUCGGCUGCUAUUACUGGGUGCUGGAGAGUCCGGGAAAAGUACUAUUGUGAAGCAGAUGAGGAUUCUGCACGUCAAUGGUUUUAACGCAGAAGAAAAGAAACAGAAAAUACAAGAUAUUCAGAAAAACGUGAAGGAUGCGAUAGUGACCAUAGUGUCAGCCAUGAGCACCUUGAUACCCCCAGUCACUCUAGCCAACCCUAAAGACCAGUUCAGAAUCGAGUACAUCAAAAGCAUAGCUCUUCUCUCGGAUUUUGACUACACACAGGGUCCCAGUGUAACGGUUGUCUUCAUGAAUGGACCAAGGCGCAGCAGGAGUUUUUUGAUCAUACGAAGAAGCUGUGGGAUGACGAAGGAGUGAAGGCGUGCUUCGAAAGGUCCAACGAGUACCAGCUCAUCGACUGUGCGCAAUAGAGGACACAGACAAUAGCUUUUCACCCCUCCGUCUUUGAAUUAUGGAUGACGUGAAAAGAAAAGAGAAAAAAAGAAAGCUGGUCAACAACAAUCCUGAUCAAGAAAGUCGGGGGCGAAUUUCAUUUUUCAAAUUACAAGGAUCUCUGACCAGAGGCACAUUCAUGAGAACGAUAAUGAUGGUGUACUGAAGUUCUGUCCAGCUCACCUGUUGUCCAGCUAGUCCAAAACAAACAUGACCUGCUUUAGUGUACACUACAGUCAUGAACGGCACAGCUGUCUAUCUGCUCUGACGGUGCAGAUUGCCACAGCAGGGCCAUCGGCGUAGACACCUGGGAGAGGUGGAUGUCCCGAAAGAGCCUUGCAGCAAGAUGACUACAAACUG